AUGCCCAUCAUGAAGUCAGCCAGCGAGGACCUGGAUGAGCUGCACUAUCAGGACACAGAUUCAGACGUGCCGGAGCAGAGGGACAGCAAAUGCAAGGUCAAAUGGACCCAUGAGGAGGACGAGCAGCUGAGGGCCCUGGUGAGGCAGUUCGGACAGCAAGACUGGAAGUUCCUGGCUAGCCAUUUUCCUAACCGCACUGACCAGCAGUGCCAGUACCGGUGGCUGAGAGUUUUGAACCCAGACCUGGUCAAGGGGCCAUGGACCAAGGAGGAAGACCAGAAGGUCAUCGAGCUGGUCAAGAAGUAUGGCACGAAGCAGUGGACGCUGAUUGCCAAGCACCUGAAGGGCCGACUGGGGAAGCAGUGCCGUGAGCGCUGGCAUAACCACCUCAACCCCGAGGUGAAGAAGUCCUGCUGGACCGAGGAGGAGGACCGCAUCAUCUGCGAGGCCCACAAGGUGCUGGGCAACCGCUGGGCCGAGAUUGCCAAGAUGCUGCCGGGCAGGACAGAUAAUGCUGUGAAGAAUCACUGGAACUCCACCAUCAAAAGGAAGGUGGACACAGGAGGCUUCCUGAGUGAGUCCAAAGACUGCAAGCCGCCCGUGUACCUGUUGCUGGAGCUCGAGGACAAGGAUGGCCGCCCGAGUGCCCAGCCUGCAGAAGGCCAGGGAAGUCUUGUGACCAGCUGGCCCCAGGCACCUCCUGCAAUGAAGGAAGAGGAAACCAGUGAGGAGGAGGCCGCGGCUGCCACCACUUCUACAGAGCAGGAGCCCAGCCCUGCAGAGCUGGAUGGAGCGCGGACCCCAGAGCUCCUGGGGGAGUUCCCCAAGCGUGAAGACCAGGAGGGCUCCCCGCCAGAAACGAGCCUGCCCUACAAGUGGGUGGUGGAGGCCGCAAACCUGCUCAUCCCUGCCGUGGGCUCCAGUCUCUCUGAAGCCCUGGACUUGAUCGAGUCGGACCCGGAUGCUUGGUGUGACCUGAGUAAGUUUGACCUCCCAGAGGAGCCGUCAGCAGAGGACAGUAUCAACAGCAGCCCGGUACAGCCCCAGGGGCCACAUCAGCAGCAGACACUGCCGUCCCUCCAGCCUGCCGCCCCUGUGCCCAGUGUGACGGAGUACCGCCUGGAUGGCCACACCAUCUCGGACCUGAGCCGCAGCAGUCGGGGCGAGCUGAUCCCCAUCUCCCCUAGCACUGAAGUCGGGGGCUUGGGCAUUGGCACGCCGCCCUCGGUGCUCAAGCGACAGAAGAAGAGGCGCGUGGCUCUGUCCCCUGUCACAGAGAACAGCGCUAGUCUGUCCUUUCUGGACUCCUGCAAUAGCCUCACCCCCAAGAGCACACCUGUCAAGACCCUGCCCUUCUCGCCCUCCCAGUUUCUGAACUUCUGGAACAAACAGGAUGCACUGGAGCUGGAGAGCCCCUCACUGACGUCCACGCCUGUGUGCAGUCAGAAGGUGGUGGUCACCACGCCCCUGCACCGGGAUAAGACGCCCCUGCACCAGAAACAUGCCGCGUUUGUGACCCCGGAUCAGAAGUACUCCAUGGACAACACUCCCCACACACCAACCCCAUUCAAGAACGCCCUGGAGAAGUAUGGACCACUAAAGCCCCUGCCCCAGACCCCUCACCUGGAGGAGGACUUGAAGGAGGUGCUGCGCUCUGAGGCCGGCAUCGAGCUCAUCAUUGAGGACGACACCAGGCCUGAGAAGCAGAAGAGGAAGCCCGGGAUGCGGCGGAGCCCCAUCAAGAAAGUCCGGAAGUCGCUGGCUCUUGACAUCGUGGACGAGGACGUGAAGCUGAUGAUGUCCUCGCUGCCCAAGGCCCUGUCCUUGCCAGCAAGUGUGCCAUCAAGCUCCAGCAGCCUUGUCCUGCCGGGUGUCAAAGAGGACAACAGCCUUCUCAACCAGGGCUUCCUGCAGGCCCAGCCCGAGAAGGCAGCGGCCCAGAAGCCCCGAAGCCACUUCCCGACACCCGCCCCUAUGACCAGCGCCUGGAAGACGGUGGCCUGCGGGGGGACCAGGGACCAGCUCUUCAUGCAAGAGAAAGCCCUGCAGCCCCUGGGCCGCCUGAAGCCCAGCCACACCUCUCGGACCCUCAUCUUGUCCUGAAAGGCUUGGAGGUCUCGAGCCCACCCUCAUGUUUACAGGGGCUGGGUGGGGUGCAGGGGUCUGUGAAUUCGAAAAUCCCACUCAGGUGUCCGUCUGCAGCAAGCCUUUUUCCACCAGCCCCUCCCUAGACUGCUCAGGUGGAGGCCAAAGGGUCACACGCUGUCCUGCUGCCCAGUCCAGCUGCAGGCGGUUCCUGGUGCUGACAACAAAGUCCCACUCCUUGGUCUGCCCAGUCCCCUCCCCAGUGCCACAGGGAGCCCUGUCAGCUUCUCCCAAGCCCUGGCCUGUUCUGGCCUCAUCUCAGAUCCUACUUAGGAUGGCAGGGGGCAUGGCCAGCGCUGCCCCCUUCCUCAAUCCCUGUUAGUAUGUUUUCUUGAAAGAAUAAAAUUGCCU